GAGUUGGGGAGGUCCAGGUCUACCUGGUCGAUAAAUUCCGAAGCCUUACGGCUAAUUUAACCCUUAGCAUUUCAAGACAAUAAAAUUACAUUUUCGAAUAGACUUUGAAGGUUCUUUCAGAUUCCCUAACUUCUCAGUACAUGCAUAAAAGUACUAGCAAUUUAACUUACAAAUUUUCUUCUCUUGAUUUAACCAAACGAUCCAAUUCUCAUUUAGAAGACAUAUCCCAACAUGCAACACGGAGGAUGGCGAUCAUGAAUGAAGCCGAGGAGCAAGAACGGAAAAUCGUUCAUGAAUUUUGUCAUUUAUUAGAGAAAUCAAAGCAAUUAUUUAAUGGACUGAGAGACCUCCCCCAGUAUGGCCAUAAACAGUGGCAAGCAUAUUUUGGUCGCACUUUUGAUGUCUAUACUAAGCUUUGGAAGUUCCAACAACAGCAUAGGCAAGUGUUGGACACGAAAUAUGCUCUUAAACGUUGGCAAAUUGGUGAAAUUGCAUCUAAGAUAGGACAACUGUAUUAUCAUUAUUACCUCAGGACUAGUGAAACAAAUUAUUUGAAUGAGACAUUUUCAUUUUAUGCUGCUAUAAGAGCUCGUGGAUAUUACAGUAAAGCUAGCAAAGAAGAAAGAUCUGAUUUAAUGGUUAAGAAACUUCGUUACUAUGCCAGAUUUAUUGUUGUUUGCCUUUUGCUCAAGAAAAUGAAACUGGUGAAAGAGUUGGUUCGAGAAUUAGCUAAGCAGAUUGAUGAUUAUACAUCUACUUAUGAACCUGAAGACCAGCUUGAAUGGUCUUUAGUACUUGGAGAAAUAAAAUCAUUUAUUGAGGCUGACAAUCUGGUAACUAUAACUGAUGUGAAUUCAGCACCUGUUGUUCUUUCACAUCGUUUGAAUCCUCUAAAUAGUCCACCCGUUGAAAAAUUGCCUACAAACCAUUUAACACUGCAAGAAAUACUUAUAAUGGGCAAUUGCUGUGAUCAGGUUAAGUUUAGUGAACUUACUCUGGAUAUGUUUCGUAUGUUGCAAACUCUUGAAAGAGAACCUCAAGAAGAAGCAACUCAAAUGUUUGAUUCAACUCCAACUCCUGGCAGGAUUCCAUUUCCUCCUGAUAAUACGGACCAGAGACCUGCAAAACGGGAAAAUCCUCAUAAGUAUUUGUUGUAUAAGCCAAAUAUUAGUCAAUUAAUUGUUUUCCUAAGUUCUGGAUUUAAAGAACUUCCACCUAAUGGGGUGCUUCUAUUGUACAUGUCUGCAGAUGGUUGCUUUACAAAUGUGAAACAUCCUGAUGAUGGUUAUGAUUAUGGUGGUGUGGCUACAAACAGUAAAAGAGAACCAGACCAUAUCAGCAAAAGGAAUGUACAGCUCAAGGAUAUUCAUUGCCUUUACCCUGGUGAUUUGUAUCCCUUGACCAGAAAGCCUCUCUUUGUCAUUGUUGAUAGUGACAAUAGUCAUGCAUUUCAGUACAUUCCACGCUAUUUUGGUCAACCUGUUUUAGUACUCAUGUCACCUGAAGACAUCCCACCAUCCUUCCACGAUCAGCAGCACAAAGGAAAUUUGUUCACUCUUUUCUUACACAGUCCAUUAACAGCUGUAUGUUUUAUAUGCAAUAUUACUGAGAUUCCUCAUACUUUGUGGGAGAAAAGUCAAAGCCAUAUUGAUCGCUUUAUGUCCGAAGCAAGUCGACUGUUGGUGAAAUGUCGUAAUAUUGAUCCUGCCUUUCUGCAGUUUUAUGGAGAUGACUUCUUACGGUUACUAAUCUUAAGAUUUAUUUUUUGUCGUGUUGUUUUGAGAUUGCACAGACUUUUCAUGAACAACAAUUUCUCACCACGAUCCCAUCCUCCAUUGUCGGAACCAGAGAUCCUAGAGCAACCAAUUUUAAAAAAAGUGAUUCUUGAACUAGUCAGUGUCUUAGACGUUCGGAAUAUGUUCAAUGAAAUUGAGGAAACCGACUGACAAGUAUUCAAGUUCAUCCUUGCUUGAGGCUCAAAAUCAUGUCGUUUAAUAAAUAUUGUGUGGUUUACGUGUUUCUCAAAACAUAAUGUCAGUCAUCCAAAAUGUCCAUGUUACUAUACAGAGUUUGAGAUUUUAUUUAUUUAUUUGGAAUAGUAGAGUUUGUUAUUGAGUUUUUUUUAAUUAUGCAUGAAAAUAGAACUAAAUAACUUUGUAAGUAGUGUGUGCAAUUAUUCUUAUUAUUUCUAAAUCAAUAGUUUUCUUUUAAUGUUAAAACAUUCAUAGUGAGAACAUUUGUUGUUGAAUCAAAAUAAUACAGGUUUUUAAAAUGUGUUUAAGUGGAUUUCUAAUUAAAAUAGAUAUGAUUCAGUCUUUAAGUUUGUAAAUUUUUUCAAAAGUUUUUGUUGUAUUUUCUCCAAACUAUUUUUCUUCUUUUUUCUGUUCAUUAAGAAACAAUAUUUAAAUAAACUCUUUCUUUUAUGUUACUAUUUUGAUAACUUUUAUUUCUGUUCAAUUUUCAAAUUAUGGUUAGAGUUUUAAAACAUCUUUUUCUUUAAUUUCUUAUAAACUUUUUCUCUUCUAUUUGUUUUUUUAUUUUUAUAAUUUUGUUAUAUCUGUUAAUGAAAUAUUAUUCAUAUUUUAAUUUCUUAAUGUGUUCAAGCCUGGAAGUUAGAUGUGAAUGAAUUUGACAUGCAACUAACUAAAAUGGCAUUUUUUUUUAAUACUCUGAUUUUUUUUUUUAUGCUUAAUAAUUUAAAAAUAUUAUUUGUGCUAUAUUUUUUGCUCAUCAAUUUGAAAAAUAGCUUCACAACUGAUAACUAAUGGGUUUCUUUUUCC